CAGUGAGGCCUGCCGCCUCGGGGGAGGGAGGAACCAGUCGGGGUGAUGCGCCGGGAGCCGGUGUAACUGGCCUGGCGCCUCGGGAGGUGGGCGGGACGGUGCAAACUGCGGUUCGGCCGGCGAUGGAGUCAGAUCUGUUCGCCCAGGAGCUGGUCUGCGCCAUCUGCCUGGAGCUUUUCACCGACCCGGUCACGCUGCGGUGCGGCCACACGUUCUGCCGGCUCUGCGUCACCCGGUGCUGGGGCGAUCGGCGCUCCAGCUCCUGCCCCGUGUGCCGGCGGGCGGUCCCAGCCAGGGACCUGCGGGGCAGCCGGGCGCUGCGGAACCUGGCGGAGAGAGCCCGCGACUCGGACCGGAGGGCCGGCGGGUGCGCGGGGACGGGGCGGCCGCUGGACAUCGACAGCCCGGGGCGCAGGCGGCCGUGUGCCGUGUGCGCAGCGGAUCCGGAACAGAGGGCGCCUGGGCCGGGCCCCCGGAGCCAGCAGCAGGAGGGCACUCUUGCCUCGGCCAUCUAUUCCCUAAAGAAGGCACGAGCUGCCAGCCUGGAGAGUAUAAAGGAGCAGGAGCAGAACAUCUCGAAAGUUAAAGAACAGACUCAGAGUCUCCACAUCCACAUCAGGUCCGAGUUUGCAGAGCUACACCAGCUCCUUGCUGAGAGAGAGCAGCACCUGCUCCGCGCCCUGAGGCACCACGAACAGCAGCUUCUUGAUGAGAUGGAGAGGAACCUCCGCGCCCUCUCCCAGGACCUGGAAUCGAUCGACCGACGGCUGCUGGAGAUGGAGCAGCAGGCCAGUGGGCCAUUCCCGCCUCCAGAGGAGAGCACAUCAUUCCGCAGCAGGCCGGAGCGACGCGGGAGCCAGCCGGUGCUGGCCCUGCAGCUGCCCUUGGGGGUCUUCAGGGGACCCUUGCAGUACGCGGCUUGGAAAGGGAUGCUGGAUCACCUCAGCCCAGCUCUCAGCACCUUCACCCUCGAUCCGGACAGCGCUCACCGCCGCCUCCUGCUCUCCGAGGACCUGAGAGCGGUCAGUCACGGUGAUGGCAGCCUGCCCCCGGCAGCGCCUGGCCCACGCCGCUUCCACCCCUACGUGUGCGUGCUGGCAGCACAGGGCCUCGCCUCAGGCAAGCACUACUGGGAGGUGGAAGUGGGCGGCAAGCCCAAGUGGGACGUGGGCUUGGUGCACGAGUCUGUCGACCGGGCGGGGCGGGAGCCGCCGUCCCCCGGUGUUGGCUACUGGAUAGUGUGGCUGCGGAACGGCCACGAGUACUGGGCGCUGACCGAGCCCCGCACCCGACUCAGCCCCCGGAGGUCGCCCCGCACCGUGGGCGUCUACCUAGACUACGAGGGCGGGCAGGUGUCGUUCUAUGACGCGGAUGGGAUGGCCCACCUCCAUACCUUCACUGAUACCUUCACCGAGACCCUCUACCCCUACUUCAGCCCAGGUCUCAAUGAUGGAGGGAGGAACUCCGAGCCCUUGCGCAUUCGCUGGCUGUGACCGCCUAUCUGCAUCUCCACCUCGCCCACGAAAGGGACAGCACACUGGCUGGUAGGUGGGAGGCAAAGAAUGGGAGUAAAGGGAGCCCUUUCGGAUUGGCCGCCAGUGGCUAGUGGUGUUCCACAGCAGUUUGUUGGAACUGCUUCUUUUUAUGUUAUGGGUCAAUGAUUUCGAUGAAAGAAUUGAUGGAUUUGUGGCCAAGUUUGUGGACAAUACGAAGAUAGGUGGAGAGGCAAGUAGUGUUGAGGAAGCAGGAGUCGGAUAUACUUGGAGAAUGAGCAAAGCAGCGAGGUGUCGGGAAGUGCAUGGCCUUGCACUUUGGUGGAAGAGAUAAAAACAUCGACUAUUUUCCGAAGGACAGAAAAUUGUGCAAAGGGAGUCUGUGUGUGGGAUUCUCCAAUGGCCAACUUGCAGGUUGAGACAGCGGAGCAGAAGCCAAAUGCAAUGCUGGCAUUCAUCUUGAGAGCACGAGAAUACCAAAGCAAGGGUGUAAUGCUGAGGCUUUAUAAGGCACUGGCGAGGCCUCACGGAGUACUGAGAGCAGUUUUGGGCCCCUUAUCGAAGGAAAGAUGUGUUGAGAUUGGAGAAGAUCCAGAGGAGGUUCACGAGAAUUGUACCAGGAAAGAAAGGGUUAAUGUAUGAGGAGCGUUUGAUGGCUCUGGGCCUGUACUCACUGGAGUUUAGAAGAAUCGGGGGUGGGAGGGAAUCUCACUGAAACCUAUUGAAUAUCGUAAGGCCUAGAUAGAGAGGAUAUUUUCUAUAUUGGGGGAAAUCUAGGACAGAGGGCACAGCUUCAGAAUAGAGGGACAUCCCUUUAGAACAGAGAUUAGGAGGAAUUUCUUUAGCCAGAGGGUGGUGAAUCUGUGGAAUUCAUUGCCACAAACUGCUGUGGAGGCCAAGUCAUUGAGUAUAUUUAAAACAGAAUUCAACAGGGUGUCAAAGGUUACAGGUAGAAGGCAGGAGAAUGGGGUUGAGAGGGAUAAUAAAUCAGCCAUGAUGGAAUGGUGGGGCAAAUGGCCUAAUUCUGCUCCUAUGCUUGAAGUCAUAUGGGCGUGCCAUGGUUGGCCUGGGAUGCCCACUGCCACUGGAGCCAGUUCAAAGCCCUCCUCGCUAUAUAGGAUCCAGUUGAGAACACGGGACAUGGCAAAGACAGCUUUGUAGGUCACAUUGACGGAGGGCAGAUCGGAUCCAAUCUAGCCAAGUACCGGCAUCACACUGUGAAGCCAAUCAACAUUUGGAGUCAGGGACCCUUCCUCGCAGAUGCUGCUGAGUUCUUCCAACAUUUCUGCUUUACUUACUAAUUCCUGCCCUGUUUGUUGUUAGCUGUGAGAGUGAAGGAAGGUCGAACAGUGACACUCUUUGGCCAAAGAUGUGCUGAUCUUUUCACCUACUCCGAGAUCAAUCUAACCCUUGCCUCCCACGUAGAGGCCCUCUGCUGGCCGGGUUCGACCAUGCACGUUGCAUCCCAGCAAGCCAAGGCAGAGCAAGCUGUUGCCCAUGUAGCAGGCUACCUCUCUCCAUGCAGCUGAUCAGUCCAGAGGGACGGCAGAGGCCAACAGAGUCUGGCACCAGCGCAUCGCAGGAGUCGCCGAUCAGUAUUGAACUCAAUGUAGGACUAUCUUAGGGACUCCAGCCCUGGAUUUUUCCCGAAGCCUUCCCCAUGAGUGGGUGUAGACGCAAGGCAGCGGAGGUUUGAGAACAGUGUUUUCCUUCUCCUAGAUGAGCUGCCAACCCAUGUCUGACGAGCUCCAUCUGUCCGAAGCGACUGUAUUUAAGGUGACAGUAAUCCACCUUUGCCCCUUCUCUUGUUGCGCUGGGCUUCGUAGCUAAGCCACGCAUGAAGGCCAGGAGUUGGACUUGGUUGUCAGAGACUUUUAGAGACCUAUGCCAUUGAGAGCAUUUAAUAGAUGGUGGAAGUUUAUCCCCCAGUAACACCCCCAACACCAGCUAUGACAGCCUUAAGGAACCAAGCCAGCCCUCCAAUUUUCUUCACCCACUUGCUUCUCUGAGAGAUUUGUAAAUGUCCCGAUUGCAAUGCGUCUGCCACCAUCCCUGGCCCUGUGCUUCAGGCAUUCACCACUCUCUUUUAAAAAAAUGUCCCCCACUACUUUCAGAGGGUCAUAAAGUACAGCACAGAAACAGGCCCUUUGGCCCAUCUAGUCCAUGUCAAAACCAUUUGAACUGCCUACUCCCAUCGACCUACACAGGCACCAGAGCCCUUCCAUAUCCCGACUAUCCAUCUACCUUCUCCUAAACAUCGAAUUUAAGCUCGCAUGCACCAUUUGGGCUGGCAGCUCGUUCCACACUCUCAUGACCCUCUCUGAGUGAGGUUUCCCGUCACGAUCCCUGAAACAUUUUGCCUUUCACCCCUAAGCCAUCACCUCUGAUUGUAGUCCCACUCAACCUCAGUGAAAAAAGCCUGCUUGCAUUUACCCUAUCUAUACCCCUCAUAAUUUUGUAUACCUACGAUUGGCUCUGGACCUGUUCUUGCUGGAGUUUAAAAAUGAAGGGGGUGGGGGGGGAUCUUAUUGAAACCUACUGAAUAUUGAAAGGCCUCGACAGAGUGGAUUUUUUUUUAUAGUGGGGGUGUAUAUGACCAGAGGGUACAGCUUCAGAGUAGAAGGACGUCCCACUGGAACGGAGAUGAGGAGGAAUUUCUUUAGCCAGAGGGUGAUGAGUCUGUGGAAUUCAUUGACACAGGUGGCUGUGGAGUCGAGUCAUUGGGUACAUUUAAAAUUAUUGGUUCUUGAUUAACAAGGGUUACAGGGAGAAGGCAGGUAAAGGACUUGAGAAGGAAAAUAAUCAGCAAUGAAGGAUUGACAGAGCAGACUCAAGGGGCUGAAUGGCCUCAUUCUGCUCCUAUGCCUUAUUGGCAAAACCCCAGUUCUGGGGCCACACUUCAGGAGUUCCUCAGGGCCCAACCACCUCCAGGGACUCCUCCUAUUUCAAGGUCAGGUGGGGAUAGUCAUAUUUGCACAGUUGAAGUUAAAGUUUAAUUGUCAUUAACCAUACACACGAACAGCUAGACAAAAUACCACUCCUCCGGGGCCAAGAUGCAAAACACAGACUGAACAGUCACACACAUCAAAGUUGCUGGUGAACGCAGCAGGCCAAGCAGCAUCUAUAGGAAGAGGUGCAGUCGACAUUUCAGGCCGAGACCCUUCGUCAGGACUAACUGAAGGAAGAGUGAG